AGCCCGCCUUUUCUCCAUCAUCUGAGCCUCUCCUGUCUCCAUCGUCCACUCUCUCCCACAUCUCACGUAUCGUUUCAUUUCCCUAUUUUCUCUCUGACGAUGUCUUGGCAAGCGUAUGUCGACAGCAACCUAGUUGGCAGUGGCAAGAUUGCCAAGGCAGCGAUCCUUGGACUGCAAGGCGGCGUGUGGGCGACAUCUGCUGGAUACACUCUAUCUGUGGACGAGCAAAAAGCCGCCGUUGCUGCGUUCUCGCAUCCCGACCAGGCGCAAGCCAACGGCUUCCGUCUCGCGGGGCAGAAGUUCUUCACACUGGUUGCAAAUGACCGUAGUGUGUAUGGCAAGAAGCAGGCGGACGGUGCGAUCCUCGUGAAGACCAAGCAAGCUAUUCUCGUAGCAGAAUACAUCGCUCCUAUCCAGGCUGGCGAGGCCACCCCCGUCGUGGAAGGCCUCGCAGACUAUCUGAUCGGUGUCGGCUACUAGCCUUGUACGCCAUGCGACUGGGUAUAGAAUCGAGUGACGGAGGAUGUGUACGUAUCAGGGAAGAUCUGCAAUUGUGUAUUAAAUCAUGCUUGAUGGAUUGCCGACGACAUGCCCCGAAUUAUGUAGAUCGCUUCGAGUCAUCUCACAUCAUACAAUUCCCACAAUACGUAGGGUACAGUACACCCAGUCACGAAUCUCCA